AUUGCCACCGGCGCCACGGCCGUCAUGGGGUUCCUGAAACUGAUUGAGAUCGAGAACUUUAAGUCUUACAAGGGUCGACAGAUUAUCGGACCAUUUCAGAGGUUCACCGCCAUCAUUGGCCCAAAUGGCUCUGGUAAGUCAAAUCUCAUGGAUGCCAUCAGCUUUGUGCUAGGUGAGAAAACCAGCAACCUGAGGGUAAAGACCCUGCGGGACCUGAUCCAUGGAGCUCCUGUGGGCAAGCCAGCUGCCAACCGGGCUUUCGUCAGCAUGGUCUACUCUGAGGAGGGAGCUGAGGACCGCACCUUUGCCCGUGUCAUUGUAGGGGGUUCCUCUGAGUACAAGAUCAACAACAAAGUGGUCCAGCUACAUGAGUACAGUGAGGAAUUAGAGAAGUUGGGCAUUCUCAUCAAAGCUCGUAACUUCCUCGUUUUCCAGGGUGCUGUGGAAUCUAUUGCCAUGAAGAACCCCAAAGAGAGGACAGCUCUAUUUGAAGAGAUUAGUCGCUCUGGGGAGCUGGCACAGGAGUAUGACAAGCGAAAGAAGGAAAUGGUGAAGGCCGAAGAGGACACACAGUUUAAUUACCAUCGCAAGAAAAAUAUUGCAGCUGAACGCAAGGAAGCAAAGCAGGAGAAAGAAGAGGCUGACCGCUACCAGCGCCUGAAGGAUGAGGUAGUACGAGCUCAGGUACAGCUGCAGCUCUUUAAGCUUUACCAUAAUGAAGUGGAAAUUGAGAAGCUCAACAAGGAACUGGCCUCUAAGAACAAGGAGAUCGAGAAGGACAAGAAGCGUAUGGACAAAGUGGAGGAUGAGCUGAAGGAAAAGAAGAAGGAGCUGGGCAAAAUGAUGCGGGAGCAGCAGCAGAUUGAGAAAGAGAUCAAGGAGAAGGAUUCAGAAUUGAACCAGAAGCGGCCUCAGUACAUCAAAGCCAAGGAGAAUACCUCCCACAAAAUCAAGAAGCUGGAAGCAGCCAAGAAGUCUCUGCAGAAUGCUCAGAAGCACUACAAGAAGCGUAAAGGUGACAUGGAUGAGCUGGAGAAGGAGAUGCUGUCAGUGGAGAAGGCCCGGCAGGAGUUUGAAGAACGGAUGGAAGAGGAGAGUCAGAGUCAGGGCAGAGAUUUGACCUUGGAGGAAAAUCAGGUGAAGAAAUACCACCGGUUGAAAGAAGAAGCCAGCAAGAGAGCAGCUACCCUGGCCCAGGAGCUAGAGAAAUUCAAUCGAGACCAGAAAGCUGACCAGGACCGUUUGGAUCUGGAAGAACGGAAGAAAGUAGAGACAGAGGCCAAAAUCAAGCAAAAGCUGCGGGAAAUUGAAGAGAAUCAGAAGCGGAUUGAGAAACUGGAAGAAUACAUCACCACUAGCAAGCAGUCCCUAGAAGAGCAGAAGAAGCUAGAGGGGGAGCUGACAGAGGAGGUGGAGAUGGCCAAGCGGCGUAUUGAUGAAAUCAAUAAGGAACUGAACCAGGUGAUGGAGCAGCUAGGGGAUGCUCGCAUUGACCGACAGGAGAGCAGCCGCCAGCAGCGAAAGGCAGAGAUAAUGGAGAGCAUCAAGCGCCUUUACCCUGGCUCUGUGUAUGGCCGACUCAUUGACCUAUGCCAGCCCACACAAAAGAAGUAUCAGAUUGCUGUAACCAAGGUUUUGGGCAAGAACAUGGAUGCCAUUAUUGUGGACUCAGAGAAGACAGGCCGGGACUGUAUUCAGUAUAUCAAGGAGCAGCGUGGGGAGCCUGAGACCUUCUUGCCUCUUGACUACCUGGAGGUGAAGCCUACAGAUGAGAAACUCCGGGAGCUGAAGGGGGCCAAGCUAGUGAUUGAUGUGAUUCGCUAUGAGCCACCUCACAUCAAAAAGGCCUUGCAGUAUGCUUGUGGCAAUGCCCUUGUCUGUGACAAUGUAGAGGAUGCCCGCCGCAUUGCCUUUGGAGGCCACCAGCGCCACAAGACAGUGGCACUGGAUGGAACCCUAUUCCAGAAGUCAGGGGUAAUCUCUGGUGGGGCCAGUGACCUGAAGGCCAAGGCGCGGCGCUGGGAUGAGAAAGCAGUUGACAAAUUGAAAGAGAAGAAGGAGCGCUUGACAGAGGAGCUGAAAGAGCAGAUGAAGGCAAAACGGAAAGAGGCAGAGCUGCGUCAGGUGCAGUCUCAGGCCCAUGGACUGCAGAUGCGUCUCAAGUACUCCCAGAGUGACCUAGAACAGACCAAGACACGACAUCUAGCCCUGAAUCUGCAGGAGAAAUCCAAGCUGGAGAGUGAGCUAGCCAACUUUGGGCCUCGCAUUAAUGAUAUCAAGAGGAUCAUUCAGAGCCGAGAAAGGGAAAUGAAAGACUUGAAGGAGAAGAUGAACCAGGUAGAGGAUGAGGUGUUUGAAGAGUUUUGUCGGGAGAUUGGUGUACGCAACAUCCGGGAGUUUGAGGAAGAGAAGGUGAAACGGCAGAAUGAAAUCGCCAAAAAGCGUUUGGAGUUUGAGAAUCAGAAGACUCGCUUGGGUAUUCAGUUGGAUUUUGAAAAGAACCAACUGAAGGAGGAUCAGGAUAAAGUACACAUGUGGGAGCAGACAGUGAAAAAGGAUGAAAAUGAGAUAGAAAAGCUCAAAAAGGAGGAACAGAGACACAUGAAGAUUAUAGAUGAGACCAUGGCUCAGCUACAAGACCUGAAGAAUCAGCAUCUGGCCAAGAAGUCAGAAGUAAAUGACAAGAAUCAUGAGAUGGAGGAGAUUCGUAAGAAACUUGGGGGCGCCAACAAGGAAAUGACCCAUUUACAGAAGGAGGUGACAGCCAUUGAGACCAAGCUUGAACAGAAGCGCAGUGACCGUCACAACUUGCUACAGGCCUGUAAGAUGCAGGACAUUAAGUUGCCACUGUCAAAAGGCACCAUGGAUGAUAUUAGUCAGGAAGAGGGUAGCUCUCAGGGGGAGGACUCAGUGAGUGGUUCCCAGAGAAUUUCCAGUAUCUACGCACGAGAGGCCCUCAUUGAGAUUGACUAUGGUGAUCUGUGUGAGGAUCUGAAGGAUGCCCAGGCUGAGGAAGAGAUCAAACAAGAGAUGAACACACUGCAGCAGAAGCUGAAUGAGCAGCAGAGUGUGCUUCAGCGUAUUGCCGCCCCCAACAUGAAGGCCAUGGAAAAGCUGGAAAGUGUCCGAGAUAAGUUCCAGGAGACCUCAGAUGAAUUUGAAGCAGCCCGAAAGCGAGCAAAGAAGGCCAAGCAGGCAUUUGAACAGAUCAAGAAGGAACGCUUUGACCGCUUCAAUGCUUGUUUUGAAUCUGUGGCUACCAACAUUGAUGAGAUCUAUAAGGCCCUGUCCCGAAACAGCAGUGCCCAGGCAUUCCUGGGCCCUGAGAAUCCUGAAGAGCCCUACUUGGACGGCAUCAACUAUAAUUGUGUGGCUCCUGGGAAACGCUUCCGGCCUAUGGACAACUUGUCAGGGGGGGAGAAGACAGUGGCAGCUCUGGCCCUGCUCUUUGCCAUCCACAGCUACAAGCCAGCCCCCUUCUUCGUCCUGGAUGAGAUUGAUGCUGCCUUGGAUAACACCAACAUUGGCAAGGUGGCAAAUUACAUCAAGGAGCAGUCGACUUGCAACUUCCAGGCCAUCGUCAUCUCCCUCAAGGAAGAGUUCUACACCAAGGCCGAGAGCCUCAUUGGAGUCUAUCCUGAGCAAGGGGACUGUGUGAUCAGCAAAGUCCUGACCUUCGACCUCACCAAGUACCCAGAUGCCAACCCCAACCCCAAUGAGCAGUAGCAAUAGUUCUACCCUCCUGCCCUGUCUGGAUCCCUAAGGUGUCCCUCUCCCAAUCUCUGGAUGUUUGACUCCCAACCUUUCCCCUGCCUCCUGGCCCUUUUUGGUGUAGUCAUGGGAUUUAGGCACUGCUAAUUAAGCACGAAGAGGAACAGAGGUGAUGUUAGGUCUAGAGCAAAAAUUCCUGAGUGACAAGGAGUAUUCUGGCCUCUGGAAGGAGGUGCUGAGCUGAACAGGGCCAUCUGUUCAUCACACACACCCCCUUCCUCCCCCUCAUCACCCAUCAUCAUGGGUCCCUUGGGCCUCUUGCCCACUGUGUGUGUGGGUACGUAUGGUGUAUGUAUGUAUCCUCAUGUGUGCAUGUAUGUUUGCAAAAUAAUAAAGGAUAUUGGAAACCUGUUUUAGAAGGAGCCUAGGCUGAAUUUGAUUUCAAGAGAGCUUACGAUGACAGCACCCCUGAGCUGGGCAAAGGUACUCAGGACCUCAUAGGAGUCUCAGGCAGUUACCUGAAACUGCCUUCAUUCACUCAUUUGUGUAUUCAUUCAUGUAUGUAUUCAUCAGACACAUACUGAACACCCUCUAUUUGUCAAGCUCUUUGCUUGGAAUACAGAGUUGAAUCAGACAUGAUCUCUACCCUCCUAGUAAGGAGAUACAGUGGUUCAUGAAUGACUAUCGUUAGCUGAAUGUCUUAUGUACUUUGAAUUUGAGAAGAGGGUGAUCACCUCUAGGCUUCUUGGAGGUCACAUUUAAGCUGGACCUUGACAAAUUGGUAGGAUUUGGUCAGGCACUAGUUGCAGAGCAUGAGCUCUGGGGACAGACUGUUAUGGGUUCUGGUCCCACUUUUUAUCACUUACUAGUUGUUUGACCUUGGGCAAGUCAUUUGACCUUCUGUGCCUCAGUUUCCUCAUCUGUAAAAUGGGGCUAACAAUAUUACCUACCUCAUAGGAUUUAAUGAUGUCAAGCUCCUCAGUGGAGGCUUUAUCCCUUCAUGGAGCCCACUUAGGUGCCAAUUCCUCAGAAUAUAAGCCUCAUGCCUAGACUCCUGAGAGCUUCUGAUCCCAGCUAUUAGGGACAGAAGAAGCCUCCAAAUCUGGAAGGUGCUGAAUGCCCUGCUGACUGGGAAAGUUUCAGGGCACUGAUGGGGUCUACCUGGUAAGUGGAGGGCCUGAGGAAGCCUGUAGCUUCAAUCAUAUAUGGUAGCCGGGUACCGGAGCCCCAAUCUGGGUUGUGAGGAAAUAGGGUAGAGGUAGCCUGGGCCACGUCCCAGCCUAACACGUGUGAGGUUCACUUGAGGAACUAACCUCAUAACUAUAAGGAACAUGCAGAGACAGCGAAGCCUGGUGUGAUUAGCUCAGCCUUCACUCAUUCACAUACACCAUCAUACUUUUAUUCCAAUCUGUGUAUUGAUUUUUUUGCUUUUUAAAAGUUAAGUCUAUUCUAAUUACUCAAACAUUGCAUUAAUGCAUUCUCGUUUUGAGAAAUUAGAUUGUUAGAGAUAAAGGUAGUCUCAUUCAGCUACCAACCACUCCCCCUUCUGAUCCUUUCCUUCUUAGUGGCUUUUAUGUUUGUUGUACUUCCAUUUAGACUGUUUUAAUACUUGUACGUACAUAUACGAACUCACUGGAAACAUUGUGUGUUUAAUGCAAAUGGUAUAUUGUUUAGCAAUUUGUUUUCUUUGCUUAACAAUGUUUUUCUGAUCUGUGCAUGUUACUUAAUGUAGAUCAAUCCAUUCUCUGUAAUUGCUUAUAGAUUGCCAUCAUAUGACUACCACAUUUUACUUAACACAUUUCUCUUGUGAUGGACAUUAAGACUGUUUUCAGGUUUUGCUAUUACAAAAUACUACACAGGAGCAUCCCUAGGCCUAUGUGAAAGUGUGUAUGUGAAAGUUUACCUAGGGUCGAUACCUAGUAGUGAACUGCAAAGUCAUAGGAUAUUUAUAUAUUGGUUUUUAAUAGAUACUUCCAAAUUGCCCUCCUGUACUAUUUACUCAGUAUUUUUCUUAAGGUAAUCUGAGGUCUAACAUUGUUAUCCUAUAUCAUUUUCAUCCCAAGUAGUGAUAUCUGUGAAGUCACAGGUUUGAUAUGUGCUAAUUAUGUAUUUUUCUAAUACAUAUUAAAAGACAUAACUAUCAAAACAAAAUAAAUUUGUCUGUUUUCAACCAAAGAAGUCACAUACCAGUAGUGGUACUGUGUGCCAUAAUUUGGCAAAUGCUGGCCUAUCUGGAAGAGCACAAUUUGGGGGUCAGACCUGGUUCAAAUUUCAGCUGUAGAAACUUGGGCAAGUUAUUUCAUCUCUGAGCCUAAGUUUCCACAUCUGUAAAAGGAGAUAAGAAAUACCUACCUUGCAGUAGUGAAGCAAAGAGAAAAUUAAAUAUAUCUGAACCAAUUUGGCUGGUAUCUAGAUCAUCACAGCCCUUUAAAAGUCACCUUUGCUAUUCUCCCCACUUUACAGGUAAGGAAACUGAGGCCCAAAAAGGUUUGAACCCAGGUCUUCCAAGUCAUUCAAGUGCUUUUUCCACUGUACAGGUGGUUAUCAACCUUGGCUGCACAUCAGAAUCAUUUGUAAAGCUUUUUCCUUUUUAAAAGUAAAGCAGUAUAUACACAGGUAAAAAAUAAAAUAGUACAGAAGCUUAUAAUGAGAAGCAGCAGUUUCCUGCUCGCACCCCCACAUCCAAAGGAUGUGGAGCUCUUUAAAAAUCAAUUGCUCUGGUCCCGCCUCUGGAAAUCUGAUUCAGUAGGCGUGGAUGGUAACCCAGAUAACUAACCCCUACCUCACAGGAUAAAAAGGAUUACAUGAGACGCCUUGGGAUAAGGCCCUGGCAGACAGGAACACAUAUGGUACAAAGGAGCUUUGGGGACUUAAGUCCUGAGGAUCCCGGAGGUAAGGUGACUUGUCCAAGAUUCCACUGGUUUAGUGGAAGAGCCUAGUUUCCAGUCAGAUCUAUUUAGUGCUUGCCCCCUGCUCUCUCCUGUUGUGCCCCACCACCUCCUCUCAUCAAAGGGCAACCCUUGUCAGUGAAGCGUGUGCUUGCAGGAGGCCGCACACCACCGUGUGUUUCCAAGGAUAAGCUGGAUCCGAGUAGAUUCCCUAGGGCUUGUUGGAGAAACUAGUUUGACUCUCUUACACUGUGGACACAGUAGCCUUGCUCUGGGAAGUUGAAGAGUACUCCACAACAGUAUCUAAGUUUAAUUGGGCACUUCCCUCUGGAAAUCAGUGUUGCGCACCAGGAACACAAAGAUGAGUCAAAUCUUUAUCCUGCCUUUGAGGAGCUUUCUAGUUGGGGAAGCAAUUUGUAAAAUGGCCAUUAACUAUACAGUGUGAUCAACACUCUUGACAGGAGCACAGGAGAAACGUCUAGCUUAUGUGAAGAUUCAGGGAAGGCAUCCUCUAGUCUAGGUGGUGACACCUGAACUGAGUCUUGAGAGACUGGCAGGAAUUAGCCAGUUGAGGAAGUGGAAUGAAUUUCCAGAUAUUGGAAACAAUAUGCAUGAAGACAUGAAGGCAAGAAACAGCAAAGCAAUCAAAUACUGAAGCGUGAAGAUUCCUGGGGUGGGGGGAAAGCAGCAAGAAAACGUAGAGAGGAGCCAGAUUGAAAGAGCAUUGUAAAUGCAUGACUACAGAAUUGAGCUUUGUCUUGUAGGACAGUGUGGUUCCCAAAUUGGCUGUAUACCACAAACACGUGGGGCAUUCGGGGCCCCGACCUCAAAAUUCAUUAAGUGAGGACUUGAAAUCUUGAAUGCUUGUAAAGGUUACCACAUGACUAGGGUACAGCCAAAUUUGGAAACCAUAGCUUGAAGGCAAUGAGGAAGCCAUGAGAUGGUUUUUAAUAGGGUGUCUUCAGAUCAGAUGUGAACUUAACCUGUUUCUGGCUGCCUAGCCAACCAGCGUAGAAACAGUUUAGGUUAGAUGUUCAUGCUGUAUGUGCCCGUGCCUGUAGCUUCCCUGUUAAUCAGCUUCUUACACUAUAUUUGCUUGUGUUGUCUCUGAAUAAGCUUUAGGCACCACAAGGGUGGGGGCCUUGGGAUAUUUUGCUUACCAGUAUAGCCCCUGCAAAAAAGCACAGUGCCUGACACAAAACAGGCACCCAGUAAAGUUUUUGAAUGAAUGAAUGCAUGAGUGAAUGCAUUUGUGAGAGAAUGAAUGGAGACAGGUAGAUUAGUUAAGAAACUGUGGAAAAGACCAGGAGGCCUGCACUAGGGCAAAGGCCAGUAGGAAUAGAAUGGAGGUGUUAAGGUGUGAACUGUUAAGGGAAGAUGAUAAACUGGACUUAAUGACUGAUUACUGGAUGUGGAGGGUGACUGAGAGGAUAGAAUGAGUACCCAUGAAUAGUCAGGAUUCUUACCCUAUCCGUCAUCUCUUUCCUUAUCCGUCUCUGAAACAGAAUAUCCUUACAUCCUCCUCAGCAAUUGGAAUUCCUCCCUCAAGUUAGACAUUUUGUGUGCUGUGUGGUCUCUCACUGCCCCUCCCCUCCUCCACAAGCCAUUGAUUCAUUCAUCUAGUUCAAUAAAUCUUGGCUAAGCACUUCCAGUGUGCAGUAAGGCUCUUCCAAGCCAGGACUCUACUCUCUCUUUCCUACCUCACAUGUUUUUGAGGGCUUUCCCAGGUAAGAGUCACAUCUCUUAUACAAUAACUUAGAGUGAGACACCCAGAAUGUCAGACCUUUAAAGGAAGACUGCCCAAACCCCUUCUGAGGUCCUCAGAGGGGAAUUAACUUCCUAAGGUCCCACUGCUAGGAAGCAUUGGAGCCAGAAAUAGAACCUAGGUUUUCUUUCUAUGUCAUCUCUAGAGUCUUGAUCUAUCCCAUUGUAAAUCAGGACAGGCAGAGGUGGUCAGGGAGAAGGCGAGACUUAGAUUCAACCUUGAAGGUCGAUGUAUUGGACAGUCCAAACAAGAUGCUUGCCAAUUACCUUGCCCACUUCUGGAAACCGUUAGCAAACCUGCCAUGCCUGCAGUCCCUUCUAAGGGAUUUCUUUAGCAUAAGUUGCAAUGCUCUGUACCAUGUGACCUCACAAUCCUGGCCACAGAUAGCUAGAUGGGGAUAGUGUCUGACUCAAGGGCAGCCAAGCUCUAGGCUGGCCAGCAGCCUAUUAACUGGACUGGCAUAAGGACUGCACCUUACAGGGGUGGCAUGUAUCAAAUGGCAAAUACAUGAAACAACCAGAUCUUUCAGGGAGGCUGAAUGUGAGGUGUUCAGAAAAAGUGAACAGUUAAUUAGACUUUAAUGAGGCAUAAGUGGUGGUGGAUGAGGGGCGGCCAGAAAACUAAACAGCAAAAGCAAAGAGAAAGCUGCAGAAACCAUAAAUAAGCAGAGGUCAUGAGACAUUUGUAUAAUGAGAUCAUGGGGCCACAGGGUGGCAGAAGCCAUGAAGCAGCAAGGCAACAAUGGGCUAAAAGGACGCAGAAGCCAUGAAGCAAUAGGAGCCACGAGGAACAGAAACCAUGAGACAAAACUGGCUAUGAGAUUGACAAAGCACCAGAAGGCUUGAAUAGAUAAAUGAGACAGUAGAAGUGAUGAGACUGCAAGAACCUCAAGGUAGCCAGAACCACAUGGCAACAUGGCAACAGGAAUGGAAGAGGCAGCAGGAGCUACAGUGCAGAAAAGCCAUGGAUUAAUAGGAACUGAAGCCCCAGGAGCCAUGAAGCUGCAGGACCCAGGAGGCAGCAAAAGCCAUGGGCUAGCAUCGAGGGGGGCAGAAAGAAGUUAGUCAGUAGCAGUAGGAGGAGUAUAAAUACAGCUAGAAAGGAGUUGAGUCACCAAUUUGGGAAGCACUAGAGAAGGGAGCAACAGAUGCCUGUAGCUGAGGGGGUGACAAGAUAAGCCAGGCUCUAGAGCUGCUUUGGAUCAUGAACCAUUUUCAAGUUUCUGUUCUUCCAUGAGGCUGCCUGUGUAGCAGUUCUUGUCUUCCUUAUUUCCCUGUGAAUGCUUUAAUAAACCCCCAUCACUAACCUAA